AUGAAACAAUUGCAGGUAACCGAAAAGCUUCCUUCAGAUAUAUAUGGGGUGAGAGACUCUGCCCCUGUAGCUGAGAAGGUCAACAUGUCACAGGAUAUAUCAAGAAAGAGGUCUUGUCCCAGUAAAAGGAAACAAUGGAAAGUCCCCACGAGAGUUCGAAAGGCUGAAAGAGAGAAAGAAAAGCGUGAACACAUGAAUGAACUCUUUCUUGAUCUUGCGGAUGCACUUGAGGUAACAGACAUUAGUGAACAGAGCAAUGGAAAAGCUUCUAUAUUGAGGGAAGCCACCAGAUUGCUGAAAGACUUUCAGAUCGAGUCCUUGAUAAAGGAUAGUAUAUCUCUGUUGUCUGAGACUCACUAUGUGACUAAGGAGAAAAUUGAGGUGGAAGAGGAGAAUUGUGUUCUGCAAACUCAAAUUGAGAAACUUGAAGGUGAGAUAAAAGCAAGAGUAGCCCACUGUAGACCUAGCCUGAUCAAUGUACCUUCUCAUUUGGAAUUUCCACAACCAAAAAUGGCUACAAAGUUUCCAGCAGAGAGUCUCCAAUUGUCUACCACAGAACCUACACUGCAGCAAGGACAUGCAGUUUUGGUUGUCCCCUUAAGUCAUCAUCAUGACCAAGGUACUUUAUCAGCUCAUAAUGUUGCUGAGCUGACCCCAAAACCCACCUCCACGAUCAGUAAACCACAUGCUAGGUAUCCCACCCCAAUGGAUUCAUGGCCACGUCAGUUGCUUGCAGGGAAACCAACUUCAAAUUAA